GGAAGAGUGAGACAGGUAGUUAUUCGCAGUCAGAUCCGACAAAGAACUGCGCCAAGAUGGUGAUGCUGCAGGGAAAGGUGCAGCCGGGCGAGGAAAGAGUGUACCAUUUGAACACCAAGGAUCUCCUUCGUCCGCCUUUGAAACAAAUAGGAAACAGCAUAGCGGACAUCAGAGGUUAUUUUGAAAAGAAAGGUGUCAUAAACAUGAUGCCUGACGGAUCCAAGAAGGACCUGGAGGAUAUUGACGCGGAGUUGUUGUCACUAUUACAGGAAGAUUGUGUCUUAUCAAGUGACAAUAUAGUGAAAGGCGCAUGUUCUGGCACGUGCACAGACGCUUCUUGCCUUGUGUUUUUGUCAGAAUCUCUAGCAACAACAUUCAAUAUCUCUGCGUCGCCACCACCGUUCGAACACAAAUGUGAUAUAUUCAUAGCAAUGCCCAAGCAACCCCUAAUUAUGCUAACAGUGGCUGAUGAUUCGACUGCGACGGGAGCAGAGAGAGACUAUAAUACUUCUGUGGCCAGAGAAGUGACAUCAAAACUGCGAGCGUUUACAAGUGAGAGUGUUAACAUCGUGCAUGGUGUUAUCUGCAGAAGAGAUUUGAAAGAUAGUCGAACGUUCCACAGAAAGUUACUCCUUCACGCAGCUCUAUCAUCGUUGUUCCUUCCAAAGUCUUCUUUCUCCAUGAGUGAACCAAAGUACAGCCGUGUUCUAACAGCUUUUUGGGCAGCAAUGGCUCAAACCAGGUCUGUGCUGGCAGAGAUAGAUACGAGUAUCAGGUUUCUCACAAAAGAACAGUGUGUCGUCUUGGUGGAGAACAUGAACUCUAAACACGUCCAGGUGAGAUGUGAACCCGGAAGUGGAGCCACGACUCUGAUGCUGGAGAUGACCAGGAGACUGAGCAGGCUGGGGGAUACUCUCCUGGUGUGUAGGUCAAGGGAGGAGACAGACAGACUCAGUUUAAUGCACCCAUCAACAGUAUCGAUGUGCGAUGUUGGAUACUUGGAUCUGUCAAAGUUUGAGAAUAUUGUCCACGACACUGAUGAUAUACUUUACCAACCACGAGGUCGUCACUGGCAGUUCCUGAGAGAAUCCACUUGAACCAAGAAGAGACAGUAGCAGUUGCUGGAAUGCUUAUCGCAAAAAAAAAUCUGUGUCGGCCUCUUGUCAUCCUCCUCCUUCCUUCCGCACCUACCUCCAGCUGAAACCAGACAUCCCUCGACGCUGGUCUAUUAGGGUGAUGUUAUGGAGUGAGAUCUAUGACGCCAGUUCAAGAAGUUGGGCUCUGGGAUCAACCCUGUUCCUGGUGUGUAUAACGCCGCACUCAGCAAUGUUCCAGUUAUAUAUAUAUCGCGGUGGUCUGUAAAAGAUCGAGUCUGGACCAGUCAAUCCAGUGAUCAACAUUAUGAAAAACCCAAAUGUAUUCGCAUUUUACUCGGAUUUACAACGCUAUAUGGAUAAACGGAACGUGCUAGUUAAUUACUCGACAUACCAAGGUUUGCCCUGCUUCAUCAUCCUUCGAUCAGAUCCUGAUCUACAGUAAGAUUCCGUGUGAAGAGAGACACAGUGAACUUUUCUUCUCCAUUGACCCCGUGGAUUUGUUUGUAAAAAAACCCCACGUGACUCUAAAACCGGAUGCUUUUGUGCUAAGGUGAAGGUCAUCCUUUACACGUGUUGUCUUUGCUUUUGCACUGUAAGUGGCGCCUGAGGCAGCUAAACGUUACUUAUGGACUGUAAGUAACAUUCUGUUUGAUUGACCUUUUUGUAUCAUGAGACAUCAUGCAAACAUUAUGGAAAAAUGUAGUUUGAUAACGUUUAAUAUAAGCAAGAUGGUGUCUCGGUAUGUACUGGACAUUGGGACAUAUGACACUGUGUGUUUUAUGUAAAUUUGUUCAUUAAUGUGGGCGGUUUCGGUUUGGAACAAACGGAAGCAUUUAUGUUUUA